AUGUCGCGACCAAACAAACUCAAACCGGAUGAGGAGAACGGCACCUACAUCGCCCGAUUGCACCAACGCGGCCUCCUCAUCCCUCCCCCAACAAAGACAUGCUUCCGCUGCAAAAACAACUUCACCGGUGCCUCCAACAUCUGCCGCCCAUGCGCCAAGAUCCUCUACCCUAACAAAAAACCCAAACCUGACGCCUACCUCGACGUGUGCCAGGUAUGUCUCCCUCAGCUAGAGCCUAGAGAGGAUAAGCGUCCUGCCAGGACUCUGCAUCUUGGUCCUGGGUGGUGCGUCAGGUGCAAUGCCGUGCCUGGUAACGAGUUUCCUCUCAUCUGUGAUGAGUGCGACAUUGUUGAGCCGCUGCCCGUGUUCGUUAAUGAUGAUAGGGGAGGGAAGGUAGACAUGCUCCAGGAUGUUGAGACGCUGUGGUGCGUCAAGUGCGAGAAGCAGGCUGAGUCGCACUGUCGUCUAUGA